UCAGAAAAGCGGCCUGGGACACGAAACCUGCGACAAAGUCGCAAAAGACUGGCCAGGAUGUGGCUACAUUUCCCAGUUUUUGAUCUCAGCCCAAAGGGUAGAGUCCCCGUAUGCUGGAGAUUUGACCGGCAUGUCUGUGUAUUAGGCCUGGUAUAUAUACCUAAUGAAAGCCAAUCAUGUCGGCUUUGAGAGAGAUUCUGCAAGCAACAGGUGACAGGUAGGGGAGUGGUGUAGGUAAGCCAGAGUGUGUUUGGCGUACCUGCUGGCUGGCACUCACCUCUCUGGUGAUACCGCCCUGGAGGAUAUAGCUUACAUAUUGGGGAUGCUUAUUCAAACACAAGAGUGAAAAUCCGAAAUACUUCGUCGACAGCGAUCCUUGUGUGCGGAGGAAUUUGAAUUUUCGGAGGGCUGCGCCACCAGUGGAUUUUCUGACUAAUCCAAGAGACCAGUCACAGCGCCACCUGGGUGAGGAGGCCAGCUACCUGCACGGCAAUGAAAGCGACAUGGAGGGCUUUGUUCGUGACCCUGCUCUUCCUCGUCAUGUGCUCUCUCCUGACCCUGGAGAAAGUGUCCUACAUCUGGACCCUGCGAGUCCUCGGGCGCGGCACGUGUCCGUGUCUGUCGGGAGUGCCGCCAUCCUCGUACUCCUGCUGACGCCAUACACGCUGGGACUCCUGCAGGCUGUGUGGAGUGUGCCUUUCCUCAUCAGGUGUCCCGACCCUCGUCUUCCUCCGGUUAUUAACAUUCUUAUGGGCAUUCUGAGCAGUCUUCUUGAGGUCGGCUGUGUCACGUGGUUCACAAGUCACGUGGCAUCACAGCUGCCUGUCUUCGUGGUCAUUCCAGCCCUGGCAUCCGUCAUGGCGCUUUCGUCUGUUUCACCGUGGUUGUCAAAGGCUAGAGGACCAGACGGCAAAGAGGAGUUAGCGGACCUCAUCAAGACCAAAGCAGAUUCCCCAUGUUGUCGAGCUCGCCCCUACCUUGCACUACUGUGCAUGCUGGGACCCUCCCUCGCAGCUGCCAUUCUCCUCCUGUCUGGCAUCUUUGACUGGUACCACGGCGCUGUGCUGGCCUCUUCCACCUUCCUUCUAUCUGUUGUGUGGUCACCCGGCGUGGUGUAUCGCACCAUCAGCGUCGAGGGGCAAGUCACUCUGGGGUGCAAACGCCUGGGGGUCUUCUACGCUGCCGUGAAGGUAGCCGGCGUAUUUUUCUUCGUGGGGCUGGAUCUGGUUCUGCGAAGUGUCCCUGGACAGGACCUGAUCACCACCGCCACGAGUUCUUCCAUCAUUUCCGGGAGCUUCAUAGCUCAGACCUUGUCCUCCCUCUCUUCCUGUCGGGUGUGGCAGGCCUCUUCGGCCAAGGGUUCGUGUAUCUGAGCCUGGCCUUCUGCCAGCCAGUUGUGGGCAUCCUCCUGCCCUCCUUGCUGUCCUCAGUGUCCAGCGUGGCCCUCGGAGUAGGCUUCUUCGCACCUCACGUCUACCAUGUCAAUGAGUUAUCGCACUUUGGGGACCUAGU